AGUUCAGUUCAUAACAUGGACACGUUUGCUUAUGCAGAGAUAUGGUUCAGGAAAACUUUCCAAGCAGAAGAGGAACAUCUGGCAAAACCAGAGGCUAGGAUACAGAGAGAUGAAAUAGAAGAGGCAGUGACAGAAAAAGCCAAGCCCACCCCCGAAGAAAAAGUACACAAGCCAUCUGAGCACGACGCUAAAGUGUCAGAGAAGCUGAAGGCCAAGGAAGAAAAACAGAAAGACGGGAAAAAACAAGAAAAGCAGAUAGAAGAGAAAAAAGCAGACCGGCCGACACCGGAAGAGCUAAGAGAAACCAAACCUGAGGAAAAGCUUGUCACAGUAGCGGAGACAAAAAGAGAAAAAAUACAGUUAAAACCUGAGAAAAAAGUAGAGAUAUCAAAGAGGAGAGAUAUCAAACCCUCUCCUGAAGUGGAGAAGCCAAAAGAGGUCGACGUCAAAGCUAUUAAGCCUGACAAAGUAACCGAAAAACCGAAAGAAAAGGAGGAAAAAGACAAAAAAGAACAAAAAAUGGAAGGCCCUGUGAAGAAGAGAGUAGAGAUACCAAAAAAAGCGGAGAUAACUGUGGGAAAAGACAAACCUACAGCUGGAACCAAAGUCGAGAAACCAAGGACGACUGAAAGCAAAGCAGCACCUGAGGAACCACAAAAGGAGAAAAAGCCGGAGAAGAAAGCGGAGGAACUGAAAGGAGUGGAAAAGAAAAUAGAGAAAAGCAAAGCUGCUGUCGAACCCACAGUCAAGAAAGAAAAGGAGGGUCAGUCCAAAGAACUAGAACAAAAACUCAGCGAGGAGAAACCUGAGGAGAAAACAGAAAGAGAAAAGAAAGACGAAAGAACCGCGAAGAAAGCCGAGCCCCCCGCGGAAUCCAAGGCCGAUAAACUGGCGGAGACUGUAUCUAAAGCGCUUAAGCCAAAAAUAUCAGAGAAGCCAAAAGUAAAGGAAGGGAGAAUAAAGGACAAAAAAGAACAAGAAAAGCCUGCAAAAGCAGAAAAGAAAACAGUGAAAGAAGAAAAGGCUGAGGAAGUAAAACCUGCUCCUGAAUCCAAAGUGGAGAAGCCAAAAACAACCGACAUCAAAAAAGAACACAAAGAGACAAGAGAAACCAAGAGGCCUUCAAAGCAGAAGGGAAAAGCACAGAGAUCAAAGGAAAAAGAAAAAGCCAAGGCAGCUCUGGAAGUCAAAUUGGAUAAAAUGAGAGAGUUGGAACCCAAAGAAAAACAGAGGGCAAAGGCUGAUAAAGAAUCUGAAAAGAAGUCUGUAAUACCUGAGAAGGAAGUGGGAAAAGCAAAGGAAUUUGAACCAACUAUAGAAAAAGUCAAACCUACUGCAGAAUCCAAAGUGGAGCCACCAAAGAAAGAAGAACCUGUUACAGAAAAGGUCAAAUAUACAGAGGGACUUAAAGUGGAGAAACUGAAAAUGGAAGGACCAGUUACAGAAAAAGUUAAACCAAUAACAGAAUUAAAAAUGGAGAAACCAAAGAAAGGAGAACCGAUAAGAGAAAAAGUUAAACACACUGGAGAAUCCAAAGCGGAGAAACAGAAAAAAGAAGAACUAAUUACAGAAAAAGUAAAACCCACAGCAGAACCUAAACUGGUGGAACCAAAGAAAGAGGCAGUUUCUGAAACAGCCAAACCCACAGGAGAACCUAAAGGGGAGAAACCCAAGACGGAAGAACUGGUUACAGAAAAAGUGAAAUUCAAAGUUGAACCAAAACUGGAGAAACAGAAGCUGAAAGAACCAGUUACAGGAAAAUUCAAACCAAGAACUGAUGACAAAGCAAGGAAAGAAGAACUGGUUACUGAAAAAGCCAAAUCCACUGCGGAACCCAAAGUAGAUAAACAGAAAAAGGAUGAACUAGAUACGGAAAAAGUCAAGCCCACAGCAGAAACCAAACUUGAUAGAUCAAAGAAGGAAGAACCAGUUAUAGAAAAAGUCAAACCUAAAGCAGAACACAAAAUGGAGAAACUAAAGAAGGAAGAACUGGUUGUAGAAAAAAUCAAACCAAGAACUGAAGUCAGAGUGGAGAAACCAAAGAAAGAACCCGUUUCUGAAAAAGUCGAACCCACAUCAGAAAUCAAAGUGGAGAAACCAAAGAAGGCAGAGCAUGUUACAGAAAAAGUCAAACCUACAGCAGAACCCAAAGUGGAGAAACCAAAGAAGGAAGAACCAGUCAGAGAAAAAGCCAAACCCAAAGCUGAACCAAAACUGGAGAAACCAAAGAAAGAAGAAUUAGUUACUGAAAAAGCCAAACCCACUGCAGAACCCAAAGUAAAGAAACCAAAGAAGGCAGAACCUGUUACAGAGAAAGUCAAACCUACAGCAGAACCCAAAGUGGAGAAACCAAAGAAGGAAGAACCAGUCAGAGAAAAAGCCAAACCCAAAGCUGAACCAAAACUGGAGAAACCAAAGAAAGAAGAAUUAGUUACUGAAAAAGCCAAACCCACUGCAGAACCCAAAGUAAAGAAACCAAAGAAGGCAGAACCUGUUACAGAGAAAGUCAAACCUACAGCAGAACCCAAAGUGGAGAAACCAAAGAAGGAAGAACCAGUCAGAGAAAAAGCCAAACCCAAAGCUGAACCAAAACUGGAGAAACCAAAGAAAGAAGAAUUAGAUACUGAAAAAGCCAAACCCACUGCAGAACCCAAAGUAAAGAAACCAAAGAAGGCAGAACCUGUUACAGAGAAAGUCAAACCUACAGCAGAACCCAAAGUGGAGAAACCGAAGAAAGAACUGGUUACUGAAAAAGUCAAACCCACUGCAAAAACCAAAUUGGAGAAACCAAAGAAGGAAAAACAUGUCACAGAAAAAGUCAAACCCACUGCAGAACCCAAAGUCAAAAAGCCAAAGAAAGAAGAACCUGUUACUAAAAAAGCCAAACCUACAGCAGAACCCAAAGUGGAGAAACCAAAGAGGGAAGAACCCGUUAUAGAAAAAGCCAAACCUACAGCAGAACCAAAAGUUGAAAUACCAAAGAAGGAAAAACCCGUUACUGAAAAAGCUAAACCUACAGCAGAACCCAAAGUGGAGAAACCAAAGGAAGAACCCGUUUCUGAAAAAGUCAAACCUACAGCAGAACCCAAAGUGGAGAAACCAAAGAAAGAAGUAAUAGUUAUAGAAAAAGUAAAACCCAAAGCAAAACCCAAAGUGGAGAAACCGAAGAGGGAAGAACCCGUUAUAGAAAAAGCCAAACCUACAACAGAACCCAAAGUUGAAAUACCAAAGAAGGAAAAACCCGUUACUGAAAAAGCUAAACCUACAGCAGAACCCAAAGUGGAGAAACCAAAGGAAGAACCCGUUUCUGAAAAAGUCAAACCUACAGCAGAACCCAAAGUGGAGAAACCAAAGAAAGAAGUAAUAGUUAUAGAAAAAGUAAAACCCAAAGCAAAACCCAAAGUGGAGAAACCGAAGAGGGAAGAACCCGUUAUAGAAAAAGCCAAACCUACAACAGAACCCAAAGUUGAAAUAUCAAAGAAGGAAAAACCCGUUACUGAAAAAGCUAAACCUACAGCAGAACCCAAAGUGGAGAAACCAAAGGAAGAACCCGUUAUAGAAAAAGUCAAACCGACAGCAGAACCCAAAAUGGAGAAACCAAAGAAAGAACCCGUUUCCGACAAAGUCAAACCCACAGCAGAAUUCAAAGUGGAGAAACCAAAGAAGGAAGAACCAGUUGGAGAUAAAGUCAAACCCAAAGCUGAACCCAAAUUGGAGAAACCCAAAAAAGAAGAAGUAGUUAUAGAAAAAGUAAAACCCAAAGUAGAGAAACCAAAGAAGGCAGAAAUUGUUACAGAAAAAGCCAAAUCUAUGGCAGAACCAAAAGUGGAGAAACCAAAGAAGGAAGAACCGAUCAAAGAAAAAGUCAAACCAACAGCAGAACCCAAAGUAGAGAAACCAAAGAAGGAAGAACCCAUUAUAGAAAAAGCCAUACCUACAGCAGAACCCAAAGUGGAGAAACUAAAGAAAGAAAAACCCGUUAUAGAAAAAGCCAAACCUACAGCAGAACCCAAAAUAGAGAAACCAAAGAAAGAACCCAUUUCUGAAAAAGCCAAACCUACAGCAGAACCCAGAGAGGAGAAAUUGAAGAAGGAAGAACCAAUUAUAGAAAAAGUCAAACCCACUGCAGAACCCAAAGUAGAAAAACCAAAGAAGGAAGAACCAGUUACAGAAAAAGUAAAACCCCAAGAAGAACCCAAAGUGGAGAAACCAAAGAAGGAAGAACCGAUCAAAGAAAAAGCCAAACCUAUAGCAGAACCCAAAUUGGAGAAACCAAAGAAAGAACCAGUUUCUGAAAAAGCCAAACCUACAGCAGAACCCAAAGUGGAGAAACCAAAGAAAGAACCCGUUUCUGAAAAAGUCAAACCGACAGCAGAACCCAAAGUGGAGAAACCAAAGAAAGAACCCGUUUCUGAAAAAGUCAAACCUACAGCAGAACCCAAAGUGGAGAAACCAAAGAAAGAACCCGUUUCUGAAAAAGCCAAACCUACAGCAGAACCCAAAGUGGAGAAACCAAAGAAAGAACCCGUUUCUGAAAAAGUCAAACCGACAGCAGAACCCAAAGUGGAGAAACCAAAGAAAGAACCCGUUUCUGAAAAAGUCAAACCUACAGCAGAACCCAAAGUGGAGAAACCAAAGAAAGAACCCGUUUCUGAAAAAGCCAAACCUACAGCAGAACCCAAAGUGGAGAAACCAAAGAAAGAACCCGUUUCUGAAAAAGCCAAACCUACAGCAGAACCCAAAGUGGAGAAACCAAAGACAGAACCCGUUUCUGAAAAAGUCAAACCUACAGCAGAACCCAAAGUAGAGACACCAAAGAAAGAACCCAUUUCUGAAAAAGCCAAACCUACAGCAGAACCCAAAGUGGAGAAACCAAAGAAAGAACCAGUUUCUGAAAAAGCCAAACCUACAGCAGAACCCAAAGUGGAGAAACCAAAGAAAGAACCAGUUUCUGAAAAAGCCAAACCUACAGCAGAACCCAAAGUGGAGAAACCAAAGAAAGAACCCGUUUCUGAAAAAGUCAAACCUACAGCAGAACCCAAAGUGGCGAAACCAAAGAAAGAACCCGUUUCUGAAAAAGCCAAACCUACAGCAGAACCCAAAGUGGAGAAACCAAAGAAAGAACCCGUUUCUGAAAAAGCCAAACCUACAGCAGAACCCAAAGUGGAGACACCAAAGACAGAACCCGUUUCUGAAAAAGUCAAACCUACAGCAGAACCCAAAGAGGAGAAACUGAAGACAGAACCCGUUUCUGAAAAAGUCAAACCUACAGCAGAACCCAAAAAGGAGAAACCGAAGAAAGAACCCGUUUCUGAAAAAGUCAAACCUAGAGCAGAACCCAAAGAGGAGAAACCAAAGAAAGAACCCUUUUCUGAAAAAGCCAAACCUACAGCAGAACCCAAAGUGGAGAAACCAAAGAAAGAAGUAGUAGUGAUAGAAAAAGUAAAACCCAAAGCAGAACCCAAAGUGGAGAAACCAAAGAAAGAACCCGUUUCUGAAAAAGUCAAACCUACAGCAGAACCCAAAGUGGAGAAACCAGAGAAAGAACCCGUUUCUGAAAAAGUUAAACCAACAGCAGAACUCAAAGUGGAGAAACCUAAGAUGGAAGAACUGGUUAUAGAAAAAGGCAUUCCGACAGCAGAACUGAAAGUGGAGAAACCAAAGAAAGAACCCGUUUCUGAAAAAGCCAAACCUACAGCAGAACCCAAAGUGGAGAAACCAAAGAAAGAACCCGUUUCUGAAAAAGUCAAACCUACAGCAGAACCCAAAGUGGAGAAACCAAAGAAAGAACCCGUUUCUGAAAAAGCCAAACCUACAGCAGAACCCAAAGUGGAGAAACCAAAGAAAGAACCCGUUUCUGAAAAAGCCAAACCUACAGCAGAACCCAAAGUGGAGAAACCAAAGAAAGAACCCGUUUCUGAAAAAGCCAAACCUACAGCAGAACCCAAAGUGGAGAAACCUAAGAUGGAAGAACUGGUUAUAGAAAAAGUCAUACCGACAGCAGAACCGAAAGUGGAGAAACCAAAGAAAGAACCCGUUUCUGAAAAAGUCAAACCUACAGCAGAACCCAAAGUGGAGAAACCUAAGAUGGAAGAACUGGUUAUAGAAAAAGUCAUACCGACAGCAGAACCGAAAGUGGAGAAACUAAAGAAAGAACCCGUUUCUGAAAAAGCCAAACCUACAGCAGAACCCAAAGUGGAGAAACCAAAGAAAGAACCCGUUUCUGAAAAAGUCAAACCUACAGCAGAACCCAAAGUCGAGAAACCAAAGAAAGAACCCGUUUCUGAAAAAGUCAAACCUACAGCAGAACCCAAAGUGGAGAAACCAAAGAAAGAACCCGUUUCUGAAAAAGUUAAACCAACAGCAGAACCCAAAGUGGAGAAACCUAAGAUGGAAGAACUGGUUAUAGAAAAAGUCAUACCGACAGCAGAACCGAAAGUGGAGAAACCAAAGAAAGAACCCGUUUCUGAAAAAGUCAAACCUACAGCAGAACCCAAAGUCGAGAAACCAAAGAAAGAACCCAUUUCUGAAAAAGCCAAACCUACAGCAAAACCCAAAGUGGAGAAAGCAAAGAAAGAACCCAUUUCUGAAAAAGCCAAACCUACAGCAGAACCCAAAGUGGAGAAACCUAAGAUGGAAGAACUGGUUACAGAAAAAGUCAUACCGACAGCAGAACCGAAAGUGGAGAAGGAGGAACCGGUUGUAGAAAAAAUCAAACCCACAAUAAAACCCAAAGUGGAGAAACAGAAGAAGGAAGAAGCAGUUAUAGAAAAACCUAAACCCAUUGCAGAACCCAAAGUGGUGAAACUGAAGAAGGAAGAACUGGCUAUAGAAAAAUCCAAACCCACAAUUGAACCCAAAGAGGAAGAACUGAAGAAGGAAGAACUGGUCAUAGAAAAAGUCAAGCCCACAGCAGAACCCAAAGUGGAGAAACCAAAGAAAGAACCCAUUUCUGAAAAAGUCAAACCAACAGCAGAACCCAAAGUGGAGAAACCUAAGAUGGAAGAACUGGUUAUAGAAAAAUUCAUACCGACAGCAGAACCGAAAGUGGAGAAACAAAAAAAGCCUAAAUACCAAACAAAGCUUGACAAGGUUUCAGAAAAAGUUUCAGAAGAAAAGACCAAAGUCAAAAAAGAACAAGUCAAGGAAAAGCCUGGAAAACCUCAGACAAAAACAGAGAGAAGAAGGAAGAAUGAGGAACAAGCUGGAACAGCCAAACCCAAAAUGCAGAAACCACCAAUUAUUGAAACCAAAGAGAAGCAGAAAAUAAUGGCUGAGAGAGGAGCUGUAGGGGAGCCUGUGAAACUGGAGAGGAAAGGAAGGAAGGGAGAAGAUGCUGGAGAAAAAGUGGGGGUCGCCGCUGAACCCAAAGUGCAGAAGCGCAAAGAGGCCGUAGCUAAAAAAGUUCAUGGAAAAUCUGAGGAGAAGCUUAAACUGAGCGCUCCAGAAACUCCAAAGAAAGUGCACAAGAGGAGGGGACCUACAUGUGAUCCUCUGCCACGCUACUGUCCGGGACCCCCGCGUUGGUAUGACCAUCCAAUCAUCACGAACAGAUCCGCAAUACAGACUUCGAAAAAAGAGUCAAACGUCACGCUGACAGCCAAACAGCCAACUUCUCCAAAACGAGAAGCUGAAGUUUCUAAAAAGAAAACUGUGGAGGUCAAACCAAAAAAAGAGCCAGUACGUACUAAAGACAAGAUUAAGCAGGUUUCUGAAAAGAAAGAGCCUGUCGUUCCGAAAAAGGCCAGAAAAGAUAAGUUGGAGAAAGAGAGUAAGGUUCCCCAGGUGAAACCUCCCCGAAAAGAACCUAAAGACCUUAAAGUGAAGGCCAAACCAGCCCGUGCAAAGAAAGAUAAGCCUGUUGAGAAGAAACGUAUCAAGAUGGAGAAAGUGGAAGAAGAGCCGGAACCCGUUGCAGAUGACGUGACGGAAAGUUGGGAUAUCCACUUCUUCCAGUGUGUCUUUGUGGAUGAAGAGAACGGCCAAUACCCACUUUUCCCCUUCAUGCCUUGGCAGAACAUACAAUUCAGGCUGCCUCUGUCAAACUACUGAGGCAGCCUGGACCCAGAGCAGUGGGGCAGCUUUACCUGACAGCAGCUGUGCUUUUCACCUUCCCUGCCGCGGCCGCUACUACGGUUCAGCUGGGCCUCUGGUACUUUUCAACAGGUCUUUACCAGUAAGCGAAGACUGCCUGGAAUGGAGAGAACGGCGUUUAUUUGACCUGUUAUGGUGCAGUGUUCCUUUGCUACCAUACAGGUACAGCAGCGUGAACCCAGAUCCUUUCCAGGAAACUUUACCUGUUGCAGAUUUUGGUGAAAAUCAUUCCCAGAAUCCUCAGUGCAUAACUAUGAACUCAAAAUGUUCCAUGCUGAAUAAUUGUUUACAUUUCUAAUGGUUGACAGUUUAACAGCGCUGAAUACAUGUAAAAUUAGUAGAUACUAGGGAACGAUUAAAUACCCUUUCCUACUUGGUAGGUUACAUGCAGAGUACUUUUGAAUCUAUUUGCAUAAACCUUCUAAAGUGCUGUCAAAAGAUGUAAUAAAAGCAUGUUUUUAAAGUUUA